UUUCUAUUUAUUUUUUUCAACUACAUAAAUUCACAAUUAUUAUUAUUAUUAUUUUUGUCAAAUUUAAGGAAAAUAACCAUGUUGGAUUGGGGUCCAGUUUUGGUCUCAGUUAUAUUGUUCAUCCUGUUAUCUCCAGGAUUGUUGUUUCAACUUCCAGGGCAUAGGCAUUGUGUUGAAUUUGGAAAUUUUCAUACAAGUGGAGCUUCAAUUAUGAUUCAUACUUUGCUCUAUUUUGCUCUUGUUUGUGUCUUCUUUCUGGCUGUUAAGGUUCAUCUCUACCUUGGUUAAAAAUUUGAAUGUAUUCAUUUUGUUUGAGUUGUUAUAACCUAUUGUAUUUUGUUGGUAUUUGGUACUAUACGUACGAACGAUGGUUGUUUUGAUUGUUAUUUGAAUAUUAUUAUAUUGUAUUUGCUUGAUGCAUUGUUACGUAACAAUGAGAAAUGAUAUUUUAUGUAACCGUUAAUUUGAUAUGAUCACAUUGUUGACUUAUCUUUUUCCUGUCUUGUAGUUAUGUUUUAUUUGAUAAUCGUAUCUU